ACUGCCUUAAACAAGUUCCUCUAAACACCGGCUUUCUCAAGCACCAGCUGGCAGUAAAUCUAUUCAUGGACAGAGCGAGAGUGAAAGGAACGAGGACUUUGAAAGAGCUAAAAGGAACGAGGAGUGGAGCGUAACGUGACAUAUUUCAGCAGCCUUGUUGCACAUGACUUGAUGAGUUUGGUAAACUUCAGAGGGGAAUGUCUCCGAGUUCACUUAACCAGGGGAGCUGUACUGCAGCGUUACUCUGCAAGUGGCCCAACGAUGGCUAAAGACUUUCCAGCAAGAAGUCUCGAUAACAUUCAUCUUUCCUGUCUGCGGGAUCCUGCAGGGAUAUUUGAAUUAGUCGAAGUGGUUGGCAACGGGACGUAUGGUCAAGUCUAUAAGGGUCGCCAUGUCAAGACUGGGCAGCUGGCUGCUAUUAAGGUCAUGGAUGUCACAGAGGACGAAGAGGAGGAAAUCAAGCUGGAAAUUAACAUGCUGAAGAAGUAUUCUCAUCACAGGAAUAUUGCAACAUAUUAUGGUGCUUUCAUAAGAACAAAUCCUUCAAGCCAUGAAGACCAGCUCUGGCUGGUAAUGGAGUUCUGUGGAGCAGGCUCUGUGACUGAUCUGGUCAAGAAAACUAAGGGGAACUGUUUGAAAGAAGACUGGAUAGCGUAUAUCUGUCGAGAGGUUCUUCGGGGACUGGCCCACCUUCACUCCCACCAUGUUAUCCAUCGUGAUAUCAAAGGACAGAAUGUGUUACUGACCGAGAAUGCGGAAGUAAAGCUUGUUGAUUUUGGAGUCAGUGCUCAACUGGACAGGACCAUGGAGAAACGGAAUACUUUCAUUGGCACCCCUUACUGGAUGGCGCCCGAAGUCAUAGCAUGUGAUGAGAAUGCAGAUUCCACAUACGAUUACAGAAGUGACGUGUGGUCAUUGGGAAUCACGGCGAUUGAAAUGGCAGAAGGGGCCCCUCCGCUCUGCGAUAUGCAUCCAAUGAGAGCACUUUUUCUUAUUCCACGGAAUUCUCCACCCAAGUUGAAAUCAAAAAAAUGGUCGAAGAAAUUUAUUCAUUUUGUAGAAAAUUGCCUGGUGAAAAAUUACUUACAUCGAAAUACCACUGAAACCCUACUAAAGCAUUCAUUCAUCCGUGAUCAACAGAAUGACCGGCAAGUUCGCAUUAUGCUGAAAGAUCAUAUAGACAGAACCAGGAAGAAGAAGGGUGAGAAAGAUGAAACUGAAUAUGAAUAUAGCGGAAGUGAAGAAGAUGAAGAUGGAUUGAAUGAAGAUGAAGGAGAGCCAAGCUCCAUUGUUAAUCAACCUGGAGAGUCGACCCUUCGCCGGGAGUUCCUGCGGUUGCAGCAGGAGAAUACGAAACGCUCGGCACCCCAGCAACAGCAGCAGGUGCUCCAGCAACAGCUGCAGGAGCAGGAGAAGUACAAGCAGCAGCUCCUGGCCGAGCGGCAGAAGCGGAUCAACCAGCAGAAGGAGCAGAGGAGGUGGCUGGAAGAUCACCACAAGAGGGAACAGGAACUGCGAAAACAGCAGGAAUGUAGGAAGAAAAAACCAGAGGUGAAGGAGAGACACAGAAAAGAACAGAAGAGUAGAGGAGAAGAAGAAACGAGAUGGGCAGAGGAGGAAAGGUGGAAGAUAGUGGAAGGGAAAAGGAGAGCUGAGAAGAAACAGAUGGAAGGCCUACCAGAAUCCCGGCUGAGUGAAAUCUCCAAAGCGAUGGAUGUACCUCAGCUGCAGGAUCUGAACCUGAAUGUAUACAGAGGCAACCUUUCCAGUUCUGUUUCCUUAACUGAUAUGGUCCUGAUUCCAACAUCUCCUGGACAAGAUGAAGUAUUCUGGGGCAAUGAAGAGGCACCUCCCAAGGUUCCCGAAAGGACCGUUUCGAAAUCCUGCAGCAGAGAGCAAAUAAGCAGUCACGGGCACAAAAGUACCUCCAGUAACUUUGAACUGCAACCCCUGUGGGAGAGGGUGGAGAGCCCGUUGGCCAAGCAAGUAAAAGGCAAUUCCCCUGGCAGCAAUUCACAGAGUCGAAGUAGCUCUCGGGCUGUAUCAGCACCUUUUUCCAGUUCCUCCGCCCAAAGCGACAAGCAGCUCAGCAAACGAUGUGAAGAGAAAAGGAGUUUCCCGAUAUCUCGGAAUCACAUGGAGGGAAUCACGCCAGCCAGAGGAAAGAUUGGCAACAGCCCUUUUGUGAAAGUGACAGAUUACUCCUCAUCAAGUGAUGAAGUUGGUAGUACAGAUGAAGAUGAUGAUCUGAGCUAUAACCAAGCAGCAUCUGUACCAGCCAGAUCAAGGCAACCAGCCAAGCUAAGUAAUGGAGAGACGGAAUGUGCAAGCACAAAUAUUCCAGAUGGUAUCGAGUUGCAGCCACACAGCACCUUGAAUGAAGAAAAGAAUGUAGCAGGGCAGAAGUGUAGCAGACAGCAAGAAUGUGCAGGUGACCCCAGUGUGACUCAGGACCUCCCAGACCUCCUUCAGCAAAGCCACUCUCCAAACACCUCGGCUAAUCAGCAGGGAUCGGAACAGACCCCUCAGCCACUUCACAAGACUGCAGCUAACCAGAGUCCGUCGGCUGAAAGUCCACAUCCAAAAUGUAGCUCCUCGUCUUCCUCGUCCUUCACGCCGUUCAUCGACCCCAGGCUCCUGCAGAUCUCCCCUUCCAGUUCUCCGGGGGCACUCGCAGGCAGCAAACCCGAGCCACUGCGGCGAGACAAUGCGAGAAAGGGGUCAGUGGUAAAUGUCAACCCGACAAAUAUACGACCACAGAGCGAUACUCCAGAAAUCCGCAAGUACAAGAAGAAAUUUAACGCCGAGAUAUUAUGCGCUGCUCUAUGGGGUGUCAAUCUGCUAGUGGGCACGGAGAAUGGGCUCUGGUUACUGGACCGGAGUGGACAAGGCAAGGUUUAUUCCCUGAUCACUCGAAGGCGCUUCCAACAGAUGGAUGUUUUGGAAGGACUGAAUGUACUUAUUACUAUAUCAGGUAAAAAGAACAAGCUGCGAGUUUACUACUUGUCAUGGCUUAGGAACAAAAUCUUACGCAAUGAUCCUGAAGUGGAAAAAAAGCAAGGAUGGGUCUCGGUUGGCGAUUUGGAAGGCUGUGUGCACUAUAAAGUUGUCAAGUACGAAAGAAUAAAAUUCUUGGUGAUUGCUCUGAAGAAUUCUGUUGAAGUCUAUGCAUGGGCUCCAAAACCAUACCACAAAUUUAUGGCGUUUAAGUCUUUUACGUCUCUCUCGCAUAAGCCGCUGUCAGUGGACCUGACGGUUGAGGAAGGUCAGAGGUUAAAGGCAAUCUAUGGGUCCACUUCAGGUUUUCAUGCCAUUGAUGUUGACUCAGGAACUGUUUAUGACAUCUACCUGCCAACUCACAUUCAGGGCAGCAUUCAUCCGCAUGCAAUUAUUAUCCUUCCGAACACUAAUGGAAUGGAGCUGUUGGUUUGCUACGAGGACGAAGGGGUCUACAUAAAUACCUAUGGUCGGAUCACCAAGGAGAUGGUCGUGCAGUGGGGGGAGAUGCCCACCUCGAUUGCAUAUAUCCAAUCAAAUCACAUAAUGGGUUGGGGAGAGAAGGCAAUCGAGCUUCGUUCUGUGGACAGCGGACGUCUUGAUGGAGUGUUUAUGCACAAAAAAGCACAGAAACUGAAAUUCUUGUGUGAAAGGAAUGACAAAGUGUUCUUUGCCUCAGCCCAGUCUGGUGGAAGCAGUCAGAUUUAUUUUAUGACACUUGGUCAGAACUCUCUCUUGAACUGGUAGCCUCUGGGAAACUUAAAAACACUCUCUGGAAGUUGGGUUGCCAUGAAGUGACCAUCUUCACAUACUCUCAGUCCCAUUGGCAUAAAGCACUCUCGACUAAUCAUGACAAUGUAAAAGCUGGCGUUCCAUCUACAGCUGACGCCACAGUAGGGUGCAAGAGCCUGCCAUCUGUUUCGCCGAUGACUAAAACUGGUUUCUGUAAUUCUACUGAUUUAAGUUAGGGAUGUUGUAGCAAAUAGAAAAUAUAUUACUGUACUGUUGAGCAAACAAGUAGUGUAGUGUGCCAGCUGUUUGCACAUUUACAUGUGCACAGGGUCCUUUGCACAAUCAUGUCUUUAUAGUUUAUUUGCUCUACAAGUGACAACUUCCAACAUUUUACCCCAGUAUUUUGUAUAGGCUGUAUUUUAAAUGGGUUUUAUGUCAGUAAUACUAUUAUUAAGGUAGUGAUGUACUGUAUUUUGCAUGAAAAUAAUUCUUUAGCAACUUUUUUAAAGUGGCUUUCUGACCCUUCUGACACCCACAGCACUGCAGUGGCUUUGGGUGACAUUGAAGCAGUCAGUCAAUCACAACCAGGAUUUUUGUGUGGCAAUCAGUAGAAUUCAGUGAGAUAGAUUUUCAACAUAUUGCCUAGGUGUAAAAAUGGGCGUAAGAGCAUUAGGAACAGGAGUAGACCAUUCAGCCAUUUGAACCUGCUUCACUGUUCAAUUAGACCAUGGCUCAGCUACAUCUCAGUCCCAUUUUCCCAUGUUUUCUCGGUAUGCCUUGACACCCUGACCCAACAAAAAUCUAGCAGUUUCAAUCUUGAAAAAGCUCCUGUUGACUCCAGCAUCCACUUUGGGGAAGAGAGUUCUAACUUUCCGUCACCCAUCAGGUGGAAUUUAAUUUAAUGCUCUCCCUAGGAGAGGGCUGGGAGGCAGGGUGCCAUAUAAUGAGAUGGGGAAGGUUCGGGCUGCAGAGCCAUCAACUUCCUAACUCCCCCCCCCAAUUAAGCUCAGGGUGGUAAAGGUCCAGAAUAGCCUUCCCACCCGUAGGUCAAGUCAAGCCUUUAAGGAUCAUUUAAGGGCCUUGACCCACCGGUGCAGUUAUUUAACAAGCGGCUGGCGGGGGCCUGCAGCUGGAUGGGGGUGGUGGCAUCCCUGCUUCCCAGGCAUUCUGUGCCCAAUGGAGGGAGCCACCUGGGGCAAGUCUGGCACCCGUGGUAAGACAUCCCCAUGCCCUUUUCACCGACGUCCCUCUGCUACCUCGCCGGGCUCUCCGGGAACCUCUACAGCAGCCAGCAGGCUGCCCAAUUGGGACCGAAUCUCGACGGGGGUCCAAUAGAUGA